CUGGUUCCAAACGCUAAGACGAGUCGCAUCGAUGCACUCGAGGCACUCGGGCUGGAUGAUACUGCGGCAUACAUGCUUCCUUGCAACGCUGUGCAGCAUCGUCGCGUGGGCGCCGCCACAGACCGCGCACCAGCCUCGACCCUGCAGACUCCGUGCUGCACAGCUCGACGCCGACGCGUAUCCGCCCGCGCCAUGGUCGUUUAGUAACGCAAGAGUGAUGUAUCAACCCACUCUGGUGAGAACAUCAGCGGCACGAGCGGUCACGCCGCGCGAAGGCCUGAUGUUGCUGUCGUUUUUUGGUUACACGCUAGGAGGCGUCUUCGUAGUCGAUUGGACGGAGUCGCCCGUCGGACCGUACCGCGAGGUCGCCGUGCUGAGCGGGCUGGUCGCGCGGGGCUUGAGCAUCGGCGCGUGGGCCUCGCACAUCGUCGUGACGGCGCCGGCCAGCGUUGGUGGCGGGCGAGCGGUCUUCGGCCUCCCGACCGUGCUGGGAAGCGUCGACUUCAAGGCCGCGGAGGAAUCGGACGGCGAAGCCUGGCGCCGAGAGUUAUCAGGGGUGCGAGACCUACUGGAAGACAUAGCCGUGGCGUUCAAAGUAGGCAUUGGCGCCGCGCAGCCGGGAAUCGCGGAGCCCGCGGAGCGGCUGCGACGGCGCGUCGAACGCGCGCCAACGACGCGAGGCUUCGAUUUUGCCUCGGACACAGAUGUUGCGAUCAACGGCUGGGGCGGCUGGCGCGAAGGCGGCGCGCCGGACGACGGACCGAGCAUAAGCCUCCCGAGCUUCUCAGGCCGGCUCGAAGAAUUUCCUGAGUUGCUGCGGUAUCCGCUAAAGCUCGGUCCCGCUGGCCGAGUCGCGCUCCGACCAUCGAUGCCCACACGCGUCGCGGGAGCAGUCGAUGACGACCUCGCGGCCGUCUUGGACGGGCCGCGAGCGUGUCCGUGCAUCCAGGUCGACGGCGUUUUUGUGGAAGCGGGGCGGCCCGAGGUUGUGUGUGAUUAA